AUGCUCGAGGUUCUGGGUGACAUUAUGGACGACUGGGGAGACGAGAGCGUGGAUGGGCUCGCGAAAAUGCGCUCCGAGGACAUGUUCCGGAAAACGCGUGACGUCCUUACAGAGCUCGCGCAACUCACGCGUACACAAGGCGUCUUGAUCAACAGCUUGAAAGGAGACAUAGAAAACGUCCGACAGCAGCUCCAGGACAUGAGGCAAGAGAAGGAGGCUUGUGCGACGAAAAUGGACGAACUUGAGAAAGCCCACAUGCAGGAAAAGGAGAAACUCGAUGAGAAACUGGCGCAAGAGAAGCAGACCGUGGCCAAUCUUCAGAAGGAAGUAGCCGAGUUGACCGAACAAUGCCGAAUCAUGGCGAUGGAGCAAAACGAAACGAAACACAGUUUGACAACGCAGCUCCUGCAGUGUCAGGAACGCAUUGAGAAAGAUAACCGGAACGCGGAGGAACUCCUUUCCUGUCUCGUGAAGAAAGAUUCCACGAUCCUCGACCUCCAAGAAAAACUCCGAAAGUACGCAAAGACCACGCAGCACGUGAAGGAGCUUGAGCAAGAAUCUGCCUUCCAGUUCACCCUUCUAUGCGAAGCCCAUAGAAAAAUCGAGGAGAUGAUUCCGAUUCACGAUGAAUUCUUGUCCCGCGCUACGACGACAAUAAAAUCGACGUCCGACUGCUUAGACGACGCCUUGGCGGCAGAGGCAGCUUUUCAGGCGGAUGCGAAAGUGAAUGUCGAUGAUAUUAUCCCUUCUGUUCGCGUGAAGCGACAGACCGUCAAACAAUGA